UUCUAGACGGGGUCCAUAAUUGGGUGCUUUUGGACAAACAAAUGCCUUCACAUCACAAUUCUUGGAAAAACACAUCACAUUUCUCGGAAAAGCAACUUGAAGGCUUCCUACUAAGAUGGCUAAAACGGGGUUUAUCUUUUUGCUUCUUCUUGUGGCUUCGUUCUUUGAGUUGGCAACAGCCACCAAUACUUGUACUUGGGGAUUCUAUAUGUGUGCUAGUAAUUCCCAGUGCAUAUCAAGUAGAUACAGAUGUAACGGUACACCCCAGUGUACUAAUCAAGAAGAUGAAAGUAACUGCCCGACAAGGUGUUAUGGAAGUGACUUCAGGUGCAGCAAUAAUAACUGCGUACCCAGGAGUUACCUAUGCAAUGGUUACAAUAACUGCGGUGACGGGUCCGAUGAAUCCACCGCUCUUUGCGGCGGCACAGCAUUCCACGUGAGGCUGGUGGGAGGAAGAUCGUCAAACGAAGGACGAGUGGAGGUUUACCAUCCCCCAACACGUACAUGGGGUACAGUCUGUGAUGACGGUUGGGAUACAAACGAUGCCACGGUCGUUUGUCGUCAACUUGGUUUGCCCCGCGCUACCCAGGCUGUAUCUGGGGCAAGGUUUGGUCAAGGAACAGGCCCUAUUCUGCUCGAUCAUGUACAAUGUAGAGGCUCAGAGUUAACAUUGUCAAGAUGUUCAUCUGGAGGAUGGAAAAACCAUAAUUGUGGUCAUAAUGAAGAUGCUGGUGUUGUGUGUGGCGGUAUGUACUGUGCUUAUUUAAAAGUAAAAAAUAUAUGUUCCCUUACCAGUGUCGUUGAGAGCAUCAGAGUUGGAAGGGCGAGCACAAGCGUUUUGGCGCGAAAAUCCUUGCGAAAUCCACAGGUAGUCCAAUACAAAAUAGAAACAAGUUUUGACACGGGAAAACGUGUCAACUGUGCGCGCUGGGCACAUUUAGUCAUUGUAAGACAGAAAAAAGUCCGUGGAUUCGGUUUGACUAAAAUAGAAUAUUUUGUAAUGCUGAUAGAGGCAAGAUUGUUUUACGGUCAAAUUGAACCAGCAUAAACGAGUCUUGGUCGCAAACCCCAAAGCAAGCCUCCGUCUCUCUGAGAACCAGUGUUAUGGUGGCUCCAUUGGCUCAAAAACACCACACAAAACAUUGAACAGAGGAUUCUCCAUCUACAGGAUAAGUUCGGUCUCGAAAGUUUACCUUCCCCCGAGUGAGAGAAAGGAAAGAAAACUCUAAGGUAAAGGAGACUCUGCUCGCAGGGUAACCUCAGAAUGGAAAUAUUGCGAAAAACGUAUCUCUUUCCCUACGCUUCUUAGUAAAUUUGCCCCCCAAACAAUAUGACGUCGGAAACCGUGAAAGGAUCUAUAAAUAAACUAAUAUAAAACUC